UGUUUAGGAUUUCAUCAAAUGGACCGAAAAAUGUAUACAUUUUAACAAAAUGUAUUUCUUCAGAAUAUACUUUUCUUAGGGCUGUAUUGUUCGUAUUUUUCUAGGUUUGAAACGCUGGUUCACAAGAAGUAAAACUAAAUUUCUCAGGCCACGCAGCUGAGGAAUUAAUGCUUUCCUUCCUGAUUUAUGAGAGUUAAUCUGAACAAGGUCCGAUCAAAUCAGGGGCCAGAAAAUGGGUCUCAAAUGCCACCACGAUUUUUGCAAAUUGUGAUCGCCGAAUAUGACUUUUCCGGCGCUGGAUUGGAGGGAAAGUCAGUGAGCAGGGAUGGAGAGAGAGUAUAAAGGUUUCAAGUAAUACGCUCUCACACGGCCAGGAAAAAGUCAAACAGGUUUGGAGACGCACUUAAUUACCUUAACAAGAGCCAUAGUAAAGAUAUUAAGACAUAAAAUUUGGUGUGCUUAUUUCUAAGCACAUGCAAUUCUACUAAAGAUUAUUGCCCACCCCCCGCCUUCUUUUUUCGUCGAAGAUCCAACAAAGUCAAAGGUAAAAAAAUCUUCGUACUCGCUGCAUAUAAAUGAAAGAAGCUUCGUCCAAGUUUCCGGCUCGUUGAGUCACAAUUCAUGUUCUCCAUAGCUAAUGUUAAUACUAGAAAAAAUGUCCGCCACGGCUAGGCCAAUCCACGGGACGUACCGACCUCACCCACUUCACCGUUUCCUUCAAGCUAAGUUCGAGUCCUCUCUGGACCCCCCUGGCUAUGUCAAACAGUCGAGGCCACACCACCUGUCAAUUACAAGCUAGAUGGCAUCAAUGUCAAGCACGAGUAAUUGACUGUGUGGCAUCGAUUCUGCUUUGACCAGCUAGGUGAGUGGGGCAGAGGAAGAAAGCUAUUUGUGCUUG